UCGGACCAGGUCCAGGUACUGGGACUUUCUCAGUGGCCUUGUUAGCUCUCAGCUGCUGAGAACAGCCUUGAGUUGAGGAAAUUGUGGCCGGACAAGCAGCAAGGCAGUUCUGCUCCCGCGUCAGUCACUCGGCUGCCGACUGGCUGGGGCUGAGCCCGUGCUCAGCAGCGCGUCUGGUGGGAGAGGAGCCGGUGACCCGUCUGUCCUCUGGGGAUGUUGGGGUUGGCUCUUCUCCUCACGCUUCUGUUCCUCAAGGAGCAUCAGGGUAAAGAACCGAGUUUCUGCCGAGUUUCUGCUGAACGUGUGGUUGGACUCUCAGGAGUGUCUCUCAAGCUACAGCCUCCCCCGAUAGAGACAAAGAAACUAAUCUAUGUUGAAUGGAAGAGGCGGGUGUUCCCAGCUUCGAAAUUUUCUUUGAUACUGAAAUGGAAGAAUAUGUCUAAUUGUUGCAACUAUGAAAAUUGGACUUCGAAUCACAUCAACAAGAAAUUCAAUUUUAUAACCACGAACUUUAGUCUUAUCAUCCAGGCAGCUGAGCAUCAGGACAGCGGCUUCUACAUCUUAGCGGUGACUGAUGAGGUUGGAGGAGUUAAGUGUCACGAGUUCGAGGUUUCCGUAUUUGAUCAUGUAGGGGAGCCCCACAUAUUACAGGACCAGAAGGUCCUGGAUGGAGGGAGGUGCCAAGUGAUUCUGUCCUGCUCCGUCUCCAGAGGUGGUAUUGUGAGCUAUGACUGGUAUAGAGGCAGUAGGCUGAUCGAGACAGCAAGGAAUCUCAGCAGAUUGGAGGACCAGAUCGAUGCCAACAGCUCGCACACAUAUACCUGCAAUGUCAGCAACUCGGUCAGCUGGGUAAACCACACCUUCAUCCAGCACUGCCGGAGCGACUCCAGGCACUCCAAGCAAGAUGAGUUUCUGCACUUAUUGGGGAUCAUCGUGGUCUGUCUAAUCAUACUGUUCCUGUGCGCCCUCAUCGGCUUCUGUGUGUGGAGGAGGAAGAGGAAGCAGCCAGAGUCCAGACCAGAGGAAUUUCUGACAGUUUAUGAAGACGUCAACAACGUGCAAAUCAGAAGGAAUCAAGAGGAGAAGCUGAAUCCCCCUGGAGAAGGGAACACCAUCUACUCCAUGAUCCAGUCCCAGCCUUCUGCUUCCACAUCACAAGAAACAAAUACCUUGUAUGCACUGGUACAGACUUCCCGGAAGUCUGAAUCCAAGAAGAGCCACAGAUCAUCCCUCAAUAAUACUAUCUAUGAAGAGGUUGGAAAGAGACAACUCAAAGCCCAGAACCCUGGUCGACUGAGCCGCAGGGAGCUGGAGAACUUUUGUGUAUAUUCCUAGUUGCUGUCGCUGUUCUCUCCUCUCUUACAUCCCAGCAUCUGCUUUGGGACUCAGCCCAAUGGAUGAUAUCACAUGAGUCUACAGAAUGGUGCCUAGUCUGGAGAAGAUAUGGGAGUUUGUUCAGAGUCCACAUCUUGUUUUGAAAAUGAUUUCUCUCAGCCAAGACGGUUAAAUCAUAUCUCUCAACUUACAGACUGGACAAGAAUGGGUGGAGAGGUUGGGUAGUUUGCAAAAGACUGCAAAACAGGUCCACGGACACACAGCAAGUCUCUCAAAUGCUAAGCAAAUACAGAAGUGUUGUUGUUAUUAGCAUCAAGAUCCCUCCCCCUGGAUUUCUAAAGAGUUACUCAUCUCUCUUCUUCUUUAAUCUGAGAUGACUACGUUUUUAGACCCCCCCCUUACCCAGGCCUAUCUUCCAAAGGGGAAGGAAAGGUAAUGGUGACUCAGAGGAAAAGAAACAGCUCCACCCCGUGAGGAUGGACUAACUAGCUGUAAGCUGUAGGCAGCUUCUCCAAGGGAUCAGACCUAGGCUUUCCUCAAAUACAAAGGAAAACCUCCCCCAAUGCAUAUUAAACCUUUCCUUCUGGCCUCUUGGUUACAAGGGAGAAUGCAGGAGUGAGAGUAGAUGGUGCGAAGUAAACCCAUUUCUGAGUGGAAAAAUCACCCUGAGCCCAUGCUGUCCUAAUAACUGGACAGUGAGACCAGUUUUUGUCUACAGUGAGAUGUUUGAUUAUUAACACAUUAUUGAUUAAAAACACAUUAUUAGAAAUCU